GUCCCACUUUUCAUCACUUGUUGUCACUGUGACUCUUUUGGUGUCAUUUUUGCAGUUUCUUUGCCAAGUCUUCAGCUGGUCCAGGAAACGAUGUCCUAACCCUCGGUUCCGGCAAUUGCAGCUGAAAUACAACCUGGAUAAAUACUCUUCCAAAGAAUCGAAGCUUGUUGCCCUCAAAAAGUAUCACCCUGGGUUACGGAAAAGGGGCGGCGAGGAUAACAACUGCAGCCCCGUAGAAAAGAGAGAAGGUGGGUAUGGAAUGUGGGACUUGGAUGAACAAGUUGACCUGGAUUCAUUCAAUACCAAUGUCUUCUUUGAAAUUUUGGUCACCCAGUCCAUGGCAGUGACAUCCAAACUGAGUCAGUUCAAGGAAGAGCUGAAGCUCUUCUACCACAAACUUCUGGAGGAAACCGCCUCUCUCCGAGAUCUGUGGGUUGCCAGGGUGGGCGUCCUGGAUAGCGUCGAAUGUCCUAGUGAUGGCUUGUUGGGACCUUACAACAGGAUGAAACAACAGGCGGAGGAGGAGAUCCUUAGAAGAAGGCACUUGGCCGCCGAGUAUGAAGCAAGUGUAAGCCGUCAGCUCCGUUUCCUGACGGAGGAGCUGAAAUCCCAGGAGACGCAAUGGGUGGCCUUUCAUUCAGCCCUCCGAGAAGCAACAAGGUUGACAGAAGCCCUGGCAGAUGCCUUGUCUUCUGGAGAAGAGUCCAAACCAGACCACCACCGGUUAUUAAACCUCAUAGAUGCUGCCAGCCAUCAAAUGUCCAGCGUCAUCAUCAAAGAAGGCCACCGGCUCAAGCAAUGGGGGAUUCUGGGAGAAGGUACCGGGGCCCACCUGGUGAACAAAGAGAAGACCAGGCUGCUCACCAAGGAGGAACUUGUGGGACCAGAUGGAGCCAUCAAGGCGCAUGAGGUUCUGCGUCAAGUUGCCACCACUGGAUUGAUGGUGCCCAGAGAUGACGUGGUCAUGCUGUUGGCCAACCACUCCACGAAGAGCGUGCCUGCAGACCAUUUCCUCCAUCCUGACACUGGGAAAGUGCUUCCCAUCGCUGGGAACAUUGGCUUCGAUCCCAUCAGCUUUAAGCUCAUACCUAUGGUGGACUUGGCAUCUGGUGAGCUCCGUAACUCCGCGAUGCCCAUCUUCCCCUACGUCCCGUACCCCAUCUGCCCCAGCACUGCCCUCCCGGUCAAAAGCAACAUGCCCGUCCUGCAGCCGGAGAAGGUGUUCCAGCUGGGGGGCUUCAUGCAGGACCCAGCGUCGGGGAUCGAGGUGCCGAUCCUCGCAGUGACCCUUCACCCCCAGACGGGCCAGCGGCUGACCUUGGGCGGGACCUACCUGAACCCUCUGACGGGAACGGUGUCCCCGCUUGAGAUCGGGGCGCCCAUGAGAGACCCCGAAGGAGGCAGGAUCGUUCCCAUCCUCGGAGUCGCUUUGGAUAGCCACACAGGGGAUGUCCUUCCAUUGGGGGGGCUGCAGGGCCCCUCGGAGACCCUCCUGCAGGUCGGGGAUUCCUUCGUGGAGCCUCUGAGCGGGAAGGCGGCCCGGGCGCAAGGCCUGUGCCUCCAGCGAGGAAAGCCGGUCCCCCACGGAGGGGGCUUUGGGGCCGUCUUGGAGGGCAACGUGCUCCUCUCCCAGAUCCGGGCAGCCAAAGCCCUCCAGGAUUAUAAAGAGUCCCUUUGGGGGGAUCGCUGCCCGGCCGGAGAUGGACAACGGGCCCUCAAGGCAGCGGAGGAAGAUGUGGUGAAGGCCCUCUCCUGCAAGAUGCGGCAUGUGGUGCACUGGAUUCAGAAGAUGGAGAAGCAGCAAGAGUGGGCCUCCCACCUGAAGCGCACCGGGGGAAAGCUAGGGAUGGUGAGAUAUCCCAGCACAGACCUGUGGGUCCCGGCCGUUUUUGGGAUGGGGAUCCCGGAUCCGGGGGGUUCCGGCUUGACCGUUCCCAUCCUGGGAGUGGAGUGCGACUGGAGAACCGGGCAGCCGGUUCCUCUAGCCGGGACCAUGGAAGACGCCGACGGAAAAGGUCUCGUUCCUCUUGCCAUUGGCUUCCGAACCAUUGACCCCAUAACAGGGGAGACGGGUCCGGUCAUCGGGGCUCAAAUCAAUCCUUGGACCACGGCGGUCAUCCCCAUCGUCCAGUCCCUAGGACGCUUGCCAAGGGGAAGCCCAGACCCAGAACUGACGGAUGCCUUGGAGACGGAGGUGGCAGCCAAGCAACGGUUCUGGCGCGGCCAAAGAGAAAAGGAAGAGGAGCUCCUCAAAGAGUUGGACUUCUUGCGCCUGGACAUCUUGGAGGCCGCCAAGGAAGGGAAGAUGAACAAGUUAAGAUACAAGGACAAAUUAAAACCCGCCGAAGAGAUCUAUCGCUCCCUGGAAGAGUCCUCAAACCAAGAAGCUCAACGGAGAGCCAACAGACAACUGAAGGCACCGCGGGACUCCAAACCAUCUCUGCAAAUGAGAGUCGAGAAGGACGAGAGAGACCAGGAGGCCAGAGUCCAGGUUUUGCUGAGGAAGACGCUGGAAAAGCUGGUGCAGUUUGUCCGAAAGGUCCAGCUGGACGAAGGAAGGAUCCAGAUGCAGCUGAAGGAGGUGGAGCGGCAACGGGGCAGCGGCCUCCAGAUUUUGGAAACGCUUCAAGAGACAUCUAGGAAGACAACUUUGCAUCUCGUGGCUGCAUUUGAGGAGCACAUGGCAAAGCACCAAGCCAAUGUUGAGAGGGCCUGCUGCAGGCUGGAAUACCUCCGAUACUUGUUGGAGACGGUGGCUCUACAGACAAAGGAUCUCCAUUCUGGCUCGUCCCAGUGCUUUGUGAAUUAUCCCAGUUGGAGGUUUUACGGUGCGGCUGGUGCUCCGCAGGGGACCUGGGAGGUCAUCAAUCGGAAACUCAUCCCGUUGCUCAGAUCUGUACUUGAGACGUUGAAAGAGAGCAAAAGGAGCCCUUUGUCCCCCGAGGUGCUGGUGGGCCUGGGCUCUGAAAAAGGCUACUCCUCCAGAAGCACCUUGAAGGUCUCCGAAGUGACCGGCGAAGCAUUUCGGGUCCAAACAAGGCAGGAAGGGGUCCCUAUUGCUGCAGCACUCUCUCCUUCCGUGGCCUCGCCAAAAAGGUCCCAACUCCUGCAAGAAAUCCAGGCAAGGAUCGUCUUAGAGAAACACGGCAGUGAAAUGUUGCACCUUGAGCUGUCCUUAAUGGCCGAGGAGAUCCACAUGAUCACUUGCUUCUGGGAAUCAUCCAGACCAAAGAAGAACCUGGUGAGAUACAUUUUUUUUACCAAAAUGGGUGUUUUGAUCACAGAGGUUAAUGUGGAAGCUGAAGAGGAGGACGAAGCAUUGCCAUCAUCAUCCCAUUUGUAUGUUAACGUUUUUGGUAUGAUAUUAUCUUACCUCUCUUGA